GCAAAAUACAGUUAAACCUCUAUAAAUUAAUUAAUGAAAUAUUAAAUUAACGAGAGCAGGAGGGCACACACUAGGAUUCUCCCACUGUUCGUCGUUCCAGAACAGAAUCCACAACUUUAGCAACAAAACCGACGUGGACCCCACAAUGAACCCGUCGUUCGCGACAAGUCUAAGGCAGGUUUGCCCGAAGCACAACAAGGUGAAGAGUGCCGGAGCGAACUUGGACUCUUCCCCGACCGUUUUCGACAAUGCAUACUUCAAAUUGCUUCUUCAAGGGAAGAGCAUUUUCUCCUCCGACCAGGCUUUAAUUACUUCUUCCAGGACAAAGGCUUUAGUCGCAAAAUUCGCAGCCAAUCAGGAGGAGUUUUUCGAUGCUUUUGUCAAGUCUAUGAUUAAGAUGAGCAGCAUCAAUGGUGGUGGCACUGAGAUCAGGCUAGAUUGCAGGGUUGUUAAUUAAUUAAUUAAUUAGGUCAUAAUAUUUGUUAUUUGUUGUGGGUU